CACAUUGACACUGUGUAACAGCAUCGCUACUGCGCUAUUCCCAGCGACUGCUGCCUGUAUCCCCCCCGCCGGGCUCCGUGUCGGGGUAUCACCUCAGAGCCGGUAUAUAGCAGUGGACAGCACCUUCCAGGACUGAAUGGCACACACCUGGCUAGAGAUGGGCUCCUGAUCUUCUACCACAGCAGGGACACUGCUUUCCACUGACAUCUCUGGUGCAAUCUUUUUUGCCGUAUGUCUAUCAGCCCCUAAUUUGAGAGAUCAUGGAUACCAGGGCACCUGCUGCGACCAUUGCAGGUGCAGCUACAUCUGCCAGCCCAAAUUAUUCCAGGACCCCAGAGGAGGAACCAUUUGCCGUAGAGCAGCCUAUGUUUCUCAUGACAACCACUGCUCAGGCAAUAUCUGGAUUCUUUGUAUGGACUGCCCUGCUGAUCACUUGCCACCAGAUAUACAUGCACCUACGAUCCUAUAGCUGCCCUAAUGAGCAGAGACACAUUGUACGGAUCCUCUUCAUCGUCCCCAUAUAUGCUUUUGACUCUUGGCUCAGCCUCUUGUUCUUUACAAACGAUCAAUACUAUGUUUACUUUGAUACAGUGCGGGACUGCUACGAGGCUUUUGUCAUCUACAACUUCUUAAGCCUUUGUUACGAAUACCUUGGUGGAGAGAGUAAUAUCAUGACUGAAAUCAGAGGGAAGACCAUUGAGUCCAGCUGUAUGUAUGGGACAUGCUGUCUCUGGGGAAAGACCUAUUCCAUUGGCUUUCUACGCUUUUGUAAGCAGGCUACACUGCAGUUUUGUGUGGUGAAACCUUUAAUGGCAGUUAUAACCGUUAUACUUCAAGCCUUUGGGAAGUACAGAGAUGGGGAUUUCAACGUGGCCAGUGGAUAUCUGUAUGUGACAAUUAUUUACAACAUUUCCGUUAGCCUUGCGUUAUAUGCACUUUUCUUAUUCUACUUUGCUACACGUGAAUUACUCAGCCCCUACAGCCCCGUACUCAAGUUCUUUAUGGUGAAGUCGGUCAUUUUCCUUUCUUUCUGGCAAGGGCUGCUUUUGGCCAUACUGGAAAAGUGUGGAGCCAUCCCCAAAAUUAACUCUGCUGAGGUGACAGUAGGGGAGGGGACUGUGGCCGCUGGGUAUCAGAAUUUCAUCAUUUGUGUGGAGAUGUUCUUUGCUGCUAUAGCUCUGCGUUAUGCAUUUACAUACAAAGUUUACAUGGACAAACGGCUGGAUGCCCAAGCAGUUCCAACUUACGGGCCUUAUGGUCGUUGCGCACCCAUGAAAAGCAUUUCGAGCAGCCUGAAGGAGACCAUGAAUCCUCAUGACAUUGUACAAGACGCAAUCCAUAACUUCUCUCCAGCCUACCAGCAGUACACACAGCAAUCCACUUUGGAGCAGGGCACAACCUGGCGCAAUGGGCAGAUUAUCUCCCGUUCACAGAGUCUCUCAGGGGCCCGAGACACAGAGAAAACCCUGCUUCUGAGCUCUGAUGACGAGUUCUGAUUCAGGUGAAGAUGUCAUAGACAACCUGAUGGCAAUCCAAUGGACUCUCUAUGGAAGAACAAGCAGAAUAUCAUCUGUAGCUUGACAAAAGGAGUAUCACUAUUUAUAAAUUUUUUUUUUAUUAUUAUUAUUCCCAAAGGCUUGAAAGAUAGUUCAAUUUUCUAAUAAUUAUGUAAUGUACUUGCGACACCUGUAUGCACAGGGUUAAUAGAGGAGAGCUCUAGUAGUCUUCGGUUCAGUAACUUUGUUGCAGGUUCAUAUACUGUUAUAAGCCCUGCUGCCAUUUUUUUUUCAAUUGUGCCAGUUGCUUAUUCUAACACGGUUAUGCCUUUGAGAUCUCCCAAUUAAUCUGCAGUGUUCACAUGGCUGUGGAGCGCCAUCUCUCUGCUGAACUGCUUGGUUUUGUGUUUGGUUCUUUUUUUUCUCCUCCACAGGCCUCUCCAAAUUCCAUGCAAUGACAGAAUUAAACAGUAGAGUUCUGAUGCAAAAUAAUAGGGAUCUUAUUAGGAUUAUAACUAGUGAUGUUAAUUAAACCUUUAUUCCUAGAUUACUCAUAUUUAAUAAGCACACACCAGAGACCUAGGUUGUGUGCCCAGCAUUGUAGCUGAUAUUUAGCAACAAAAAUGUUUGAAUUGAGAAUAAGCGUGUAGAGGCCUCUGUGUUCCUUAUAGGGACACUACACUACAUUUACUAGAUACAAGAUACACAAAUCUGUUUUGGAAAGUGUA